UCCUAGGAGGACUGAGAACUCUGUGAUGAGACAUGACUUCCUGCCUAUUUCCAUUCUUCAGGGCUCUGAGAUGCUCCCCAGGCUAGUCAGUAGAGUCCCCAGAGAAACAGGCUUCACCAGGGACACCUUGGACCCUCUGGCCUGUCUAGUCUCUGUGUUACCUGGCUCUGGGACUCAGAAGAUCAGCUCACCUGCUGACCAGAAGUUGAUUGGGAUGAAGGAGCUUUCAGGAUUCAUCCUCAACUCACCAAAUCUGAAAACCCUGUCCCACACGCCAUCUGACCCGUCACGCGUCCGCACUCACUACCAGUCCAAGUUCUGUGACGUUCCAGCGCUGGAGAAGCUAAGAGAAGGCUGGACAAGGGGAAGCAUCCACAAGCACAGGACCAAUGGUUACACUGGUAGAGACACAGACAGGUUUAACCUCAGACACUGAGGGUCAAGGUACAGACAUCAGCUCGCCCAUUAAAUACCCAUAAUAUCAUUUCAACUGGCGAACAGAGUUGGUGUGUAACAUAUUCAUUGUAGAGAUGACAAUGACAUGGCUGCUGGUAUUUCCAUCCAAAUAAAAUGGUUGAUUUUUAUCCUUUCGGA